GCCCUCGGGGUGCUCAGUCGAACGUCAACAGUCUGUGGGGAAAGGGCUUCUGCGUUCCGCUGGUCAACGCCUGUGCCUUCGAGUUAACUGCGCAGCGGAUAAAGGAAAGCAAAGAUAAGUAAUUGGUGCGUUUUUAUUGAUUGGCAAGCAUGGCCUGUCGCGUGUCCUUUCUGAAAACUCUACUCAUCAUUCUCAAUGUGCUGCUAUCGCUCAUUGGAGUGACGCUGAUUGCGCUGUCCGUGUACGAGCUGAACAGCUCCACGCCUGGCACCUUCGAGCACAUUGCCAUCGUCAUACAGAUCUUUGUGGGCUCCUUUGUCAUACUGACCUCGUUUCUGGGCUGCUUUGCCACGGCUCGCGUGUCCCUGGGUCUGAUUUGGACGUAUGUCAUCUGCCUGUUGAUCCUGCUCUGCCUGCAAAUCUACAUCAUUGCGGCUGCUCACUCCACGAACUAUGUGGAGCGUUCGCGCAGCGAGUUCCUGGCGCUCUGGUCCGAUCCCAAGGGCAAUGCCGAGCGGCUGUCGCUCAUUGAGCAAAAGUACUCGUGCUGUGGCCAGCUUGGUGCCCAUGACUACAUAUUGCUCGGCAGAGGCAUACCCACGAAUUGCUACCAGGACUUUGACCGACAGCAGGACAAUCUCUUCACCGAGGGCUGCCUGGCGGCUGUCCAGGUGCAUGCCAACGACAAUGUGGCCAUUGGGCUGGUCAUUAAGUGGCUGCUGCUGGCCGUGGAGUUCGCCGCUUUGGCAGCUGCCACACAUUUGGGCAUCACGGUGCGCAACAAACUGCGGCGCGAGAGAUUCUAACAGGUCGCCACGGAGCCCGUACCAAACACCCAUUCUGUAGGCCCAGUUGGUAGCAAAUUGUGGAAUAAAUUAUAAGAAAAAAAACAGCAAAAAAUA